AUGACACGUACCCGACUGCCUCCGAGCUACCAUCCUACCCAUAUCGGUGACCAAUAUCUCCAUGGCCGUUAUGAGGUUGUCCAUAAGCUUGGCUUCGGUAGUCAUUCAACCGUUUGGCUUGCCAAAGACUACCAACAGACAAGAUAUGUUGCGUUGAAGGUUCUUGAUGCCGCCUCAUCUGAAAAUCAUUCUGAAAGCAAGAUCUUACGUCACUUACGCUCAGGGAAAGUGGACCAUCCGGGCCGUGCUUAUGUUUCGUCGUUGUUGGAUGAAUUCACAAUUGACGGGCCAAAUGGUCGGCAUCUUUGUAUUGUGAGCGAGGCUGCAGGGUGCAGUAUUGCCCAGUCGAAGGACGCUAGUUUGACCUGGAUGUUUCCUGUUAAUGUGGCUAGAGCUAUAACCGCUCAGCUUUUAAUGGGUUUGGAUUAUAUCCACUCAAGUGGUGUUGUGCAUGGGGACCUACAUUCGAACAACAUUCUCUUUAGAGCCCCGAGUCUGAAAUGGUCGACUACAGAGGAACUUUACCAUUCCCUGGGAGAACCCCGAAGGUUUCCAGUGGAACGGCUAGAUAAAAGAUCAAAUGGACCGGAAGCUCCAAAGUAUUGUGUUCCGCCUGCCAUGAUCUUUCAGUCGAGCGAAAAUGUCACGGACGCUCGGGUACUCAUCUCAGACUUCGGUGAAGCUUUCUUUGAGAAUGAGGAGCGCAAAGACUUAUGUACUCCCAUCUUAAUUCUCGCUCCGGAGCUCUUCUUCCAUGAGCGACUCGGUCGAGCGAUUGAUGUAUGGUCUCUGGGCUGUACUCUUUAUGAAGUUCUUGAUGAACGUACUCUUUUUGAAGGGUUCAUGCCAGACCAAGACCACAUGAUUGCAGAAAUGAUCAGCGCUCUCGGGGACCUUCCACAGCGCUGGUGGGAUCAAUGGCAAUUGAAGACAGACUUUUUCCUCGAGGAUGGCUCCUGGAAAAAGGAUACACACCGCAUUCGUGCACCGUAUUCUCCACCGCUAACUGAAAGACUGCGCAUCAUGGGGCGAGGAAGAGACGCUGCCACCUGCGAGUUUAGCCCGAGGGAAAUGGCAGCCCUUGAGGGCUUACUAAGAGCCAUGUUGACUUACGAGCCUGCAGAGCGGAUUGGCACCAAGGCCGCACUCAAAUCGGAAUGGAUGGAGAAAUGGGGUCGGCAAGCCAUGAGCGAGACUGGUAUCAGCCCGAUGUUUGAUUGAAAUAUUUUCUUCUCCACAUCGAUUCCUCGGCUUUUGAUACAAUCAAGACAACCUGGGGAAAGAUCGCAGAUAGCGGUAGUGUUUUUGCGGUGGGCUAUAAGAAUUUUGGAGAGCGGCUGUUCCUAUUCUGUGUGAACUUGAUUUUCGGUCGGAUACCGAUUUUAUAUAGGAUACAAGCCUUGUAUGUCGGAGUGAAAAUAAAGCCGGGUGGGUCGGAUUGACUUGAAGCCGGGUCGGCCCAAGUGGGUCGGCACAGCGGCCUUGAUGCCUGUAGAUAGCUCUUCCCUACUAGCGCUUUAAGAUUUUG